GUCAGACUCAAAAUGGUUGAAAUUCGAACUAGUGGACUAGUUUUAAUAAAAAUGAACCUACUAGAUUGCAAGUUUAUUCAGUCCAGUAAAAGAAAUAUUGUUGGAAUUUGUUAUUUCUUGGAUGUUGGAUAUCUUGGAUGCAAUUAUCGGACGUCUGGAAAAAUAAAAAUGAGUGACGAUGAAAAAGAGGAUUCCUCACUAGAUGUGUACCAAUAUAGAAAUGAAACAGAUAGACAGAAAAAGUUUAAAAUUGCACCAAGAAUUGGGCGGCUGUCAAGACAUUCCUCCCGAAUUUUGACAGACGGUAAAGAAAAGCCAACAAAAACUUAUGCUGUAUUACAAGAACCACGAACGGAUUACAGUAAUAGAAAACUUCGAUACGUUAUGCUAAUAUAUUGUAAUCCAGGAUGGAAAAUAUUUAUCCUCUCAGUUCUAUUUGUAUCAUAUAUUUUAGAAUCUUGUCUGUACACAUUUUGUCGUCGACUAGAAAAAUCUUUUUGGAUCAUCAUACUCCUGUUCAGUUUGAACGCCAUCUUUGCUAUUGACGUUGUAAUAAUCUUUGGAUUGAAAUUCUUUAAAAAGUGGCGUAAAACCCUCAAUUUAAUGGAACCUGAUUUGUAUCGUGUUAUUCUAGAUAUAGUUUUAGCGGUUCCAUACUCUCUUCUCUAUUUCAUGGACCCUGAUCAUUCUUUGUUUGAUUUCUAUACAAUAUCUCCUAUCAUAGCAACGAUACGUGUCUACAGAAUAAUCGAAUACUUUUACGACAGAUCAACACAAGCAGGUAGCAAUCAAUGGACGACAUUUUUAGUGCAGUAUUUAAUACUUUUUAUUUUAUCUGUUCACACUUGGACUUGUCUAUGGUAUUUGUAUGCUUAUCGAAAUUAUGAUAUCCAUAAGAACCGUUCUUCUUGGUCCGUGGCAGCUGUUUACUUACCUACUGAGACUACGUUUGAUUGGUAUUUUAUAUGUGCUUAUUGGUCUGUAAUGUUUCUCACUACAAAUGCUCUUGGUGACCUCUAUCCGGUGACAACUGCUGAAAGGGUCACUGCUACCGCAGCUAUUUUAGUUGGGUUUUUACUAACAACUAUUGUAUUUGUUGGUUCAUUAACUUCACAAUUCAUUACCAUAACAACACGUCGUGCGAUAUAUGUAAGGCAAUUGCAGAAAAUACAGAAUCAUCUAAGAUUAAUUAAAAUGGAUGAAGUUACAACCAAACGUAUAAUCAGAUAUUAUGAAGAUUUAUGGUAUGAGAAAUCAGGAGUCUUUAAACCAAAGCUGUUAAAACUUCUUCCAUUUCCUUUACAAAUGGAAAUUUGCUACGAUCUGAACGCCGUACCACUUUACAGUUCUCUGAUAUUUAGAAAAUUACCUGAAGCUUUUUUGAGACGUCUCUCCGUGACAAUGGGUCAUCGAUUCUAUUUACCUGGCGACAUUAUUUAUAACCAUAACGAGAACAAAACUGUUAUGGUUUGCGUUACUAGCGGUGUUUUAGAAUUACUCUCCGAUGAGGACGACGAAAGUCCAAUGAUAUCGUUUUCAAAAGGAACAUGCUUUGGGGAAAUUGCUUUAAUUUUUAAUAUUCCAGCUAGAUGCACAGUAAAAGCUGCAACUUAUGUGGAAUGUCAAAUUCUCAGAAAGACGGAGUUCACAAAAUUAAUGAUCACCUACCCAGAUCUGAUUGGAGAAAUACGCAAAGAUAUAUUGAAACGAAUCGCUAGAAGUCGAAUCAGAAAAGAAAUUCAAACUGGCGACGAUCAAUUUCUGUUGAACAUUUAUGUUUCUAAAGAUCGUAAAAAGAGCAGUAUCAAAUGUUUAAAAGAUAAAUUAAGAUAUAGACAAGGGAAAACAGAAGUGAAUUUGACAAAAGAUGAUGAACUAGAUGAGAAUUGUCUAGAUCUGUAUAUACUUUCUGAUCAUGUAAAAAAGAGGACUACGUCAUUCACUUGUCUUAAUUCAAAAUUUCCAUGGAUUUUGGAAUCCGAUUGCUAUCUGGCAAGAUACUGGGAGUUAUACAUGCUGUUAAUAGUCCUCUAUAUUUGCAUACUUUAUCCUUUUUACAUCGGAAUCAAACGAAAUUUUCCAGGCGGUUACUUAUUCUAUGCAGAAAUAGUUACAUCGAUAUCACUGACUAUUAACAUUUUUAUAUCAUUAGUAACCGCUGUGAAAACAAAGAAGAGACAUAUAAAGAAGUUUUCAGACAUCUUGAAAUACAGAUUAAAUUCACCUUCAUUUUAUUUAGAUAUAUUUGCUUUGAUACCUUUCGAGUAUAUAGUGACAAUACAUACGGCAACUAUUUACUACGACGAUUACAGAGAACACCUGUUUUAUCUGUUCAAAGGAACAAAAUUGUGUCUUGUUUGGCGUUUAACAUAUUUCUUUGAGAAGUUGGAAAGAAAGCUACUGUCCAAUACGAUUCUUGUUAAGAUCGUGAAAUACUGUACAUUUGUAAGUCUGUUGUGCUAUUGGUGUGGAGUGAUACUCUACAUGGAAUCAUGCUUCGUAGCGCGCUGCUCACAGAAUUCCUGGUUCGCUCGAGCUAUUACAGAAAAUAGUCAAAAACCAGUUUCAAUACAAAUGCGUGCAACCAAGACUCACCUCCCACUUAUAACUUCUAUAUACUUCUCGACUACUCUAUUACUUUCUGUUGGAUACGGUGACUUCUCUCCGGGAGAUAAAUAUGACAUGGGAUUGGUCGCUUUCCUCAGUCUUUUCGGAGUUUUAUUAACUGGAUACUGCAUAUCGGAGUUCUCUUCUGUGGUAACACAUUGGUCUAGAACAAAAACAGCAUUUUUAGAAGUAAUUAUAACUAUCGAUAAAUUCAUGAGAGAGAACAAUAUGCAUCGAGCAAUUAAAUCUAGAAUCAUGGCGUUUUACGAAUUACAAUGGCAGUACAAUUCGGGGGUUGAAUUAACAGAUCAGAGUUGGUUGGACACAACAGUGGUGCCUUCAGAGUUACGGAGAAAGGUUCUACAUCAAGCACGAUUCAAAGCUUUGACGUCCAUUAAAUUCUUUCAAGUGAAAAAUAAAGCUUAUAUACAGACGCUUACAGGGAUGGCCAGAGAUGUUAUCCUUCCUCCGGGUGAAAUAGUCUAUUACGGUGGAACAAUACCGAGAGAGUUGUACAUAAUCGAAAGGGGUUACUGCUUGGUUACUUCUAAAGCUAUGAGGGAAGCAAAGAAGGAGCGUGUCGUCGGUCCUGGCAAUCAUCUUGGCUUGCUGGUGAUGCUGUAUGGAGUACCAGCGGUUAAUACUGUUGUUACGCUUACACAUUGUAAGCUUAUUAGCAUAAGUCACGUUGCAUACACGUCAGCGCUAAAUUUGUUUCCUGAUAUGAGAGAACAUGAUGGUCUUCUAACUCCAGAUGAAUUAAAAAUGAUAGCAAAUCAAGCUAAACUACAAAGCGCUGAGGCAUAUUUUCAACAUUACAAUGUAUCUGAGAAAGCGCCGAAAAUGAAAAUCACCAGCUUCUUCCAAGACUUCUUAGAUAAUUCGUUCAUUAAUGUUUACAACGAUUAUAAAAAGAAGAAUCAAAGCUACUUCAAGUCAUUCAAUCAGUUCACAAUUCUGAGUAAAAUAACACCGUACUUGCUUAUGCCUAUAGCAAUAAAACCGGACGGUGUUUUUCUCAAGACCUGGGCUAUUAUUCGAAUUUCCACGGCCUUUAUAUUGAGUUUAUUAAUACCGAUCAUUGUCUCAAUGGCUCCUUUAUACGGUAGUUACAAUACUUCAUUAUUAGUUUUCGAAGCGAUUUCUUACAUAGAUCUAUAUUUAAUGCUACACGUUGCUUUUUAUGGCGCCAAAAAUCAAUUAAUCUAUCAUCCGUAUUUGACUGCUAAAAAUUAUGUAACGAAUGCAUUUAUAGUUGAUUUCCUUACAUGUUUUCCUUGGUACGCGUUAUGGAAAAUCUUCGUACCGAGGCAUAACGAGAACCAUACCGAGGAAGAACACUAUAUAAACAAUCAUCUCUACCAUUGCAUAUUGCGAAUGAUUAAUGUUCUGCAAAUACACAAAUUGUAUGCUGCUUUUUGGACUGAAUCUAUAGGAGCUUUAAAACGGGCUUAUCUGAUGAGUGUUGUACAAUUCACUUUAUUGACAGUCUUCUUUUUGAAUCUGUAUACGUCUAUUUUAAUAACAAUGUCUUGUACGUAUGUUGUUGCAUCGGACCAAAAUGAGUUUGAGCAAAAAAUUGAAAUUUUGGCAUCAAAAGGACCUUUGAUGGAUGCUACUUACAACCCAGAUGGAAAUAUGAUUUGUCAACUUGGUUCAUGGUUAGAUGAAGCAAAAACAUUCAAAGUUAAAAACCUAACGCCUGCGAAGGCGUAUCUUUUGGCGUAUUAUUGGUCAGCCACAAGUUUUAGCGGCGCCGGGUUCGGUGAUAUCAUCGCACAAGACACCACCCACAUGGUCCUCUCCAUUUGCGUCAUUGUACAUGGAUUUCUGUUCUUCGGAUAUGUUUACGCGAGAAUGGCUUCGCUAAAAGCAAUGGCUGAUCAAAUGGUGACAAACUUUCAAGAAAAUGUAAAACAUUUGGAACUUUUUCUUAACAGAGAGAAAGUUGCCUUUACCCUUAAACGUACUAUUAUUGAUUAUUGGAAAUAUCAGUGGAAAAGAACUGGCGGGUGGUCUCAUCAAACUAUACUUGGGAAACUACAUUCAAAUUUAAACGAAGAUGCCGUACUAUACAUGUAUGAGAAGACGUUACGAGAGAUACCUCUGUUCGAAAACGUUGAAUAUUCCUUCUUCAGAUCUUUCGCGAAGCAAUUACAAGAGCAGUAUUACCAGAAAGGCUACAUGGUGAUCAGAGCUAACGAAGUUAUAACCAGCAUGUACAUAAUAUACCGAGGAAAAGUAGACAUAAUAUCUGAAAACAAUGAAGUGGAAGCGUGUAUGGGGCCUGGUGGAAUAUUCGGGAACAUACGAGGUGCCUCUAAAUACCUAACACAAUCGAAUGUAGUCGCAUCUAGAAACAUAGACCUACUAUGUAUACCAGGAACUGAGUUUUAUUCUAUUUUGAAGGGUUAUCCAUCUGUAUUGAGAAAAGUAAAAGAAUCGUUUAGUUCAACUACGAAGGAUUAUGUUUUGUCUUCUAUUAUGUCAGAAAGAACUAGCGUAGAAAUUCAGCCAUUCUCUUUAACGUAUGAAUCAGGAGAUGAUGAUAAUGAUAUUAAUGUAUACUCAGAUAGUCCAGAAAAGAGUAUAGCCGAGUCUCAUGGGUCAAGAUCUUUUUCAUCUAUGGGUAAUACGGAAUAUAUAGCCGCAAAAUGGUUACUGUUCCAACCCCACAGAUGGUUUCGAAGUAGUGUUGUGCCGGACUCAAAGUACGUCACAUUCAUGGAUUACUUUAUUAUGUGCCUAUCAUACAUUGAUUUCAUGAUACUAAUAUAUCAAAUGGCUUUCAUGUCGAAUGCUUAUUUCCUUUACAUUUGUAUAGUAUUUGAUGUUAUUUUUCUGUACAAGAUAUUUUUAGACAUGCACACAGGCUAUACAAAUAGAUAUGGAGAUUAUAUUCUAAAUCCGAAGAAAAUACGACAAAUGUAUUUUUCAAAAACUUUCCUGAGAAGACGCGACUUCCUAUCAGUUCUUCCAGUGUGUUAUUUAGCGUUUACGAUGCAGUUAAAUACGAAUAUUCAAAAUGCAUUAUUCUGCUAUCUCCGGACGCCGCAACUCUUUAGAAUCACUUAUCUGUUCACGUACAGACAGCAUCGAAAAAUAAACAUUGGUUCCGCUAAUUUGUUUUUAAAAUUGAACACGAUUGCUAUUUGGGCGUCAAUAUUAUCACAUGUGAACGCCUGCUUGUUCUUCAAGCUAUCUUGCUUGACGCCUGUUCAUUGCAAAUCGGCAAAUUGGAUGUCCAAAGACGAGUUGAAUUUACGUGCACAAUAUUCAGAGGGAAAGUAUUUCUCGCUAUACAUAACUGCAUUAUGGUACAUGAUAAACUUAUUGACAAUAACUGGUACUGGGGAUGUGUCCUCACAAAACGACUUCGAAGUUAUAGAAACGAUUAUCAUUAUUAUAAUAAUUAAAUUUUGCACAGGUCUAUUAAUAUCAGAAAUGUCUGCGAUGAUAACCGCACAUUCAUCGUCUCGCAUCGCAUAUGACUAUCAAAUAAAUGAAUUGAAAGAUGGUCUGCGAGACACCGCGCUCAGCGAACAUCAGAUGAACAAGAUGUGGGACUACGUCUGCGAGCUGUGGAACCGACAGCAAGGCAGACAGAUGCCAGAAUUAGUAUACAAAUUGCCUUUCCGGCUGCGGUGUCAAGUGAUGCAGGCGGUGUACGGGAGUCAUAUCACGGAGUCGGUGAUAUUCGGCAAAACUGACGACGACUUCAAGAGAAUGCUGGUGAUGUGGAUGAAGCACUGCGUCUUCUUCCCUGGCAACUACAUCGUGCAGCGCGGGGACUCUGAUCAAUGUAUUUACUUCAUACAUAGAGGAGAGGUUGAAGUAUUGACAGUGCAUCCUAAUUUAACUGAAUCUAUUUACGAUGUGUUGGGACCAGAAGAUAGCUUUGGUAUAGCUCAGGGGUUAUUUGUUGGUGUUCAACAUUUUUUCUCAUUCCGAGCAAGAACCGUGGUCGAUAUAGUGUAUUUAAAAUUAGAUGAAUGGAAAUAUCUAUUAGAUUUCUAUCCAAAAUCAGCAAAACUAGUGAGGAAGAAAGUGGAAAAUGUUUAUUUAGCGAUAUAAGGUUUA